AUGGCGACCGUACACAGCAAUCCUCAUGGAGACCCUCAUGGAGACCCCCGUGAUGAUGACUCCCUGCUCGGGGAUGAUCUGAUUGAAGCCGACGAUGCUAUCGAUGCUGACGACCCUCUCCGCGAUACCUCCGAUACCGCGCCCCUACGAGGGAACAUCCAAUCUGAUUCAGGCAGCCGGGGUCAAGGUUCGGGCUAUGGCAACUACCUCGCAUCCUCUAUGGGUGGUGAAGACCGUCGCUCGACCCAGAAUACCAUUGACGAGAGUGUCUGGGAAACAUUGUCACGCGACUUGAUGGCGAUCGGGGAGAAAAUGCGCCAGGUGCUGUGGCCCAAGUACCUCCUGGGAGGAGUGAUGCAACGCGGCGGCAGUGGGACAGCUGAUGCUGAACAAGGAGGUGUUGCAGGAUUUGGUCGUGACCUCCGAGGCCUUAUUGGUCGCUGGCCAGAUGCCGACGGGGUCUUGCAGGGCAGGAUGAGUGACGGACUGCGCAACUGGGACCUCUGGGGCCCGCUUGUUUUCUGUCUCGUGUUGAGUCUGUUCCUCUCUAUAGCCAAGGGUGAUCAGUCAUCUAUGGUCUUCUCCGGUGUCUUCUGUAUGGUUUGGAUAGGCAUGGCAGCUGUGACCCUUCAGAUCAAACUUCUGGGUGGAAAAAUCUCGUUCUUCCAGUCAAUCAGCAUCAUUGGUUACACUCUGUUCCCCCUGGUGAUCGCGGCCAUGCUGAGUGCUUUGGGCCUCCUCACCAUUGCCCGCAUACCCGUCUAUAUAGUGUUGGUCGCCUGGUCUUUAGCAGCCGGAGUCAGCAUCUUAGGUGGCUCGGGGGUGGUCCCAAACCGAGUCGGGAUUGCGGUAUUCCCAUUGUUCGUGUUCUACGUUGCGAUUGGAUGUCUCUGUUUCAUCAGUUAA